AUGAACGCCGCUUUGAAAGUGCUGGGCAAAAGAGCCCUCAAAAACGGCACAAAAAGCCCCAACUCAGAGAACCCAUACAAGCAUAUGGUCCCUGUGCAAAAGAAUGGCAAAAUAAAGAUGAAGGAAGACGAGCGGCCUACCCCACCUGGCCUGUCGGAAAACGACAAAGAAAUCCUCAGGCACGUCCGGCGGAAGGCCUACAAUUGGGACCAGAAGUUCCACUGCUGCUGCUUUGGCAUGAGGUUCGGGUGGUCGGCAAUCCUGGGUCUCAUUCCUCUCAUCGGCGAUGGCCUAGAGGUUCUCAUGUCUCUGUCGUUAGUCCGGACAGCCUCCAAGGUGGAUGGUGGCCUCCCAAAGCGCAUCUACCUCUGGAUGAUCACAUACAUCAUCAUGGAUUUCGCGUUCGGUUUCAUCCCCGUCCUUGGUGACUUUGUCGACUUCACGUUCCGCGCCAACACACGCAACGCGUGGUUGCUCGACUCCUACCUGACAGAGAAAGGCAAAGUACUCCUAGCAGGCGAGAUCAAAGACGAGGGCGGAGGCAAAAGUAUACCGGUGCCCGACGAGCUGCGGCCAGACGACCAGGAUGUCGAGCAAGGCGUGGAAUCGAUGCGCAUGGUCGAGCCGUCUUCCAGAACCCCCACGGCAGUCCCGCCGGCGCGGACACCGACUCAGAAAAGGGCCAUGCCGCCUCCGGGCCGGACUUUAACGGGGAAGGCGCGGGACCCGAGGGACCGCUGA